GGCCAUUGGAUUCUUUUUUUUUUUUUAAUAUGAAAGACCCUCUUUUUAAAAUUUGUAAAAUGCUUUAAAUUUUUUAUCUUUUAUGUUAGUGUUGUAGUUUAUGAGCUAGCUCACAUUAUGUUGUAUCUUUUUCUCUGAAACCAGGAAAAAAGCUGAAGAAGAAAAGAAAAACUAGUCGAGUUUUCCAAUGAAGUUCAAUCCUUUCAUUGCCUUCUUUGUGUUUGUGUUAUUGCCUCAACAAAAAUUUGUUCAAGUUGUGGCAGAUUUGGAUUCUGAUAAGCAAGCUUUACUUGAGUUUGCUAAUGGAGUCCCACAUGUGAAGAAACUGAAUUGGAAUUUAGCAACUCCAGUUUGUACGUCUUGGGUGGGGAUAACUUGUAAUACUAAUCGAACCGAUGUGAUCGCUGUUCGGCUUCCCGGUGUCGGACUUUACGGUACAAUUCCAAGCAACACCAUUGGUAAACUUAAAGCUUUGAAGGUACUUAGCCUUAGGUCUAAUAACAUCAAUGGUAGUCUUCCUUCUGAUAUACCUUCUAUUCCUUCUUUACAAUGCUUGUUCCUUCAACAUAAUAACUUGUCUAGUAAGUUCCCUGUUACUUUUUCUCCAAUGUUGAGAAUUGUGGAUUUUUCUUACAACUCCAUAUCUGGUACUAUACCAAAUGUUGAUCUUCCUAGUGUUAAAGUUUUGAACUUUAGUUAUAAUAACUUGAGUGGUUCUAUUCCAAGUUCUUUCAAAAGGUUUCCUUCUUCAUUCAUUGGGAAUCCGUUGUUAUGUGGUUCGGAACCUUUAAAGCCUUGUUCCGAGUCCGUGGUCUCCCCUUCACCUUCCCCUUUAACUGAUUUUCCGAGCCCGAAAACGGGUUCUCAAAACCAACAUGCUACAUCAAAGAACAAACUAGGUGUUGGGUCUAUCAUUGCUAUUGUAGUAGGGGGCUUAGCAUUUGUGUUCUUAUUGUUAGCAGUGAUCUUUGUAAGUUGUUUGAAGAGGAAACAUAGUGGGAGUAAUGGUAUGUUGAAGAGUAAAAUCUCUCAAAAUGACAAGCCUAAUGAUUUUGGAAGUGGGGUUCAAGAAGCUGAAAAGAAUAAACUGUUCUUCUUCGAAGGGUGUUCGUAUAACUUUGAUCUCGAGGAUUUGUUGAAGGCUUCGGCCGAAGUUCUCGGUAAAGGAAGUUACGGAACAACGUAUAAAGCUGCUUUAGAGGAAGGGACACAAGUAGUGGUGAAAAGAUUGAAGGAAGUUGCUGUUGGUAAAAAGGAGUUUGAACAACAAAUGGAAGUCGUCAAUAGGGUCGGUCGACACCCAAAUGUGGUACCGCUUCGUGCUUAUUACUAUUCGAAGGACGAGAAGCUGUUGGUAUACAAUUACAUGCCGGCCGGUAGCUUGUUCGCACUCUUGCAUGGGAAUAGGACUUCGGACAGAACUCCAUUGGAUUGGGAUACGAGAAUGAAGAUUGCUCUCGGAACUGCUAGAGGGAUUGCGAACAUUCAUACGGAAGGUGGCGGUAAAUUCACCCAUGGUAACAUUAAGUCCUCGAAUGUCCUCCUCAGCGAUGAACUCGAGGCUUGUGUUUCUGAUGCUGGCUUGACCCCUCUAAUGAAUGCUCCUUUAACCACGUCUCGCAUAGUUGGAUACAGAGCUCCGGAGGUGAUUGAAACACGCAAAAUAACUCAAAAGUCUGACGUGUACAGCUUUGGUGUCCUCCUCUUAGAAAUGCUGACCGCAAAAGCUCCCCUCCAACCUUCGGGGCAAGAUGACGUGGUUGAUCUUCCGAGAUGGGUCCGUUCCGUCGUGCGGGAAGAAUGGACCGCCGAAGUAUUCGACGUGGAGUUGUUACGGUUCCAAACUUUCCAAGAGGAAAUGGUGCAAAUGCUACAGAUUGCACUAACAUGCGUGGCGAAAACACCGGACAUGCGUCCGACGAUGGACGAAGCCAUUAGAAUGAUAGAAGACGUUCGACAAUCCGAAUCCAAAAACAGGACGUCCUCGGAGGCUGAAUCGAACAUCCAAACACCAUGAUUUGCAACAAAGCAAAAAAACAUGUUCUCUUUUGGAUUAAAUUGUUCAAAUUCUCUAGUCUUUAAUGUUGUUUGUCUAAAAAGAAAAAAAAAAUCUUUGGGAGAAUAAGCUUUUUUUUUCCCUUCAUUUUCUGGGAAAAUUUCAUGAACUUUUGACUUACAAGCUGUUCAUCAAUGCUAUCAAUCAAGUAUAAAAAGUUCAUAUUCA